UCUGUCUUGGAUAUGAUUAAAGAAUUCAGAAGGAAUUGGCACACUCUUUGUAACUCUGAGAGAACUACAGUAUGUGGUGCAGACUCCAUGCUCUUGGUAUUGCAGCUUUCCAUGGCAGAGAACAACAAACAGCACGUGGGAUCGUCAUUCCCCAACCAACCCAUGUGCCCUGCAUUGGAAGCGCAGAGUCUUAACCUCUGGACCUCCAGGAAAGUCCCUGAUGAAUUAUUUUAAUCCUAUAUCAUAGUGGAGAAUUUACAGUAUCUCUCAGCGAUGUCUUAUUGACCUGGAAAUACUUACUACAUGAGAAAUUGAACUUACCAGUUGAAAAUAUGAAAGCGAUUGACCAUUAUGAGGACAUUAGGAAGAUUUAUGACAAUUUCUUAAAGAAUAGUAACAUGUUAGAUCUGAUUGAUAUUUAUAAAAAAUGUGGUGUUUUGACUUCUAAUUAUGGACAUUAUGCCAACAUAUCUCCUAGUCAACUACGGGAUUUUCUGUGUGGCAGACAGUAUGCAGUAGACGAUGAAACUGAUUUUUCUGAACCAACAUCACCAAUGAGUAAACACAACCAAGAUAAUGAAAAGGUGCAGUUACUAGCAAAGAAAAUUAUCUACUCAUAUUUAAACCUGCUGGUGAAUUCAAAGAAUGACUUGGCUCUGUCUCAAAUUCUCAAUAUUCCUGACAGAGGACUUGGAAGAGAAGCCUUCACUGAUUUGAGACAUGCUGCUCGAGAGAAACAGAUGUCUAUCUUUUUGGUGGCCACAUCAUUUAUUAGAACAAUAGAGCUUGGAGGGAAAGGAUAUGCACCAUCACCAUCUGAUCCUUUAAGGACACAUAUAAAAGGAUUGUCUAAUUUUAUUAAUUUCAUUGACAAAUUAGAUGAAAUUCUUGGAGAAAUACCAAAUCCAAGCAUUGCAGGGGGUCGGAUACUCUCAGUGAUAAAGAUGCAGCUGAUUAAGGGCCAGAACUGCAGGGAUCCUUUUUAUAAAGCAGUAGAGGAAGUUGCUCAAGAUUUGGAUUUGAGGAUUAAAAAUAUUACAAAUUCUCAACAAGGAGAUGUAGCUGUUAGCACCACUGACAUCAGUCCUGCACGGCCAAAAUCUCAUGCCAUAAACCAUGGUACUGCAUACUGUGGCAGAGAUACUGUGAAAACUUUACUGGUUCUUUUGGAUGAAGAAGCAGCCAGUGCUCCUACCAAAAACAAAGCAGAGCUUUUAUACGACGAUGAAAACACAAUUCAUCAUAAUGGAACUUCUGUUCUUACACUUUUUAGAUCUCCCACACAAGUGAAUAAUUCAUCGAUGGAACCCCUAAGAGAACGCAUUCAUAAGUCAGUGCAAGAGAAAAAAAUUAAGAUGAAGCAAACCUUAGUUAGAUCUCAGUUUGCUUGUACUUACAAAGAUGACUUCAUGAUAAACAAGGAUAAAUGGAAUAUGCGUGUUCUUCACAUGGAAAAUGACCUUUCUGAAGGUGUAAAUUCAUCUGUUGGAAUACCAACAAUUGGAACAAGUUCUGGAAAUGUUCAUCUGGACAGAAGUAAAAAUGGAAAAGUAGCAAGAAAAUCAAAUAGUUUGACAGGAAAUAAAAGUUCAAAAAGGAAACAGGUGGAUUUGGAUGAUGAAAAUAUUCUCUGUGAUAAUGGAAAUGAACCACCUCAACACAAAAAUGUUAAGAUAUCUAAGACAUCAAAAGAUUUGCAGAAUAAAUUGGAUGGCAAACUAGUUAGAGUUGCAAAAAGCAACAAAUUUACCUCCAAGGACAAAUUGAUUGCUGGUCAGACAAAGUUAACCCAGUUUUUUAGGCUAUGAAUUUGUCUUUUAUGUUCUUUAGAUUUAUGUAUGUGUAAAACCAUUCACCAAAGGCAUCUACUUAAUUUUUAAGAGAUCAAGGUGUAAGUUAUGGUACUUUAUUAUUUUGGUCUGCAGUGUAUGUAAGCUUAGCAUGUAAGCAUUGUUUAAAAAAUACUAGUAAGUCAUAAUUAUGCAGAAUAUUCACAAAGUUUAAUGCACAGGUAAAGCAUAUCAUUUAAGUAUAUCUUAAUACUACUUUCUUUUAAAACUGACAUUUAAAAUAAAACAAGUCACAGUAACAUUAAGGGCUUUUUCCCCCACAGGCAGUUAAAUGAUUUUGUUUUCUUCUGAAAUGAUGGUGUGGACCAACAGGUAUCAGACUUGCCAGCAAGGUCGAUAGACUCUUCCCAGCAUACACCUGAGCACUGAAGGAAAAAAAAAGUUUCAAUUGUUUAAAGGACUAGUAUCACACACAACUGAUUAGAAAUUAAAGAAUGGAUCCAGUAUAGCCAAUUCUGAGUAAAUCAAAAUCAUAGUAACUAAUUAAAUACUUUUUAAUCUCACAUCUUUUGCAGGGGUCACUUAAUAUCAAUCAUAAAUUGAACCAUGGUCUUGUUUGAUUUUGUUGAUUGGACCCAAAUUAAGUUAAACUCAAGAGUUCUAUUUUAUGGUAUUAAGAUAUAAGAAUUGAAUUUUAAAAAGACUACUCACUGUCAAAA